AUGCUACGCGUACGGCUCGUGCAGUUUUCAACAAACAUCAUCAUCGUGAACAUGCCAAGUGCAAGACAAGACGAACACGACUCCAACUAUCGGCGAGACAUUCGGAAUGUUUUCAAACUGAACAAUUGGAUUUUAGGCUCGAUCGGCAUCUGGCCAGUCGCGAUUUGCGGUAUCGGACGAUACGCGUCUAAGAUUGCGAUCGCGAUCUGCAAUCUCGCGUUUAGCUUCGCGUUAGUGCCGUGUGCCUUGCACAUCAUCUAUGACGAAAAAGAUAUCAUCAUGAGACUGAAGCUAUGCGGCCUUCUGGCCUUUUGUCUUACCGCAAUGACAAAAUACUGCAUCCUCGCGAUACGUCGUCCGAAGAUACUGCGUUGCAUCGAAUAUGUGAAGAACGACUGGUGGCAGGUGACGUUCAGAUCUGAUCGCGAAGUGAUGCUGAAGUACGCUACCAUUGGUCGCAAUCUAACGAUUAUCGGAGCAUCGUUCAUGUACACUGCCGGCAUCAUUUAUUACAUGAUACUGAUACCAUUUUUUUCCGAGCACAAAGUCAACAAUCAAACCAUCAGACCGCUAGUAUAUCCAAUUUACAGCAAAUUUCGCCACUCCCAAAUUAGCCCGGUAUACGAAAUUGUGUAUCUAGCUCAUUGCGUGUGCGGAUACACCAUAUAUUCAGUGACAGCUGGUGCGUACGGACUUGCCGCUUUAUUCGCCACUCAUGCAUGCGGCCAGAUCGAAGUAAUCGAAUCACGAUUAGAAGAUCUCCUAACUGGUGAAAGAUUCAAACAAAGUUCAAAAAUUCAUCAACGAAUCGCUUCCAUCGUAAAGGAUCAUGUUCGAAUAAUAAGGUUUGCAAUUGUGGUGGAAGAAGUUUUGCAAGAAGUAUGUUUAGUAGAGUUGACUAGUUCUGUAUGCACGAUAUGUCUGCUCGAAUACUACUGUAUAGUGGAUUGGCAACAAGAUAAUAAACUUAGUUUGGCAACUUAUUUUCUACUCCUUGUUUCCUUCUGUUUCAAUGUAUAUAUAUUAUGCUACAUCGGCGAUCUUCUCGUGGAAAAGAGCAGUCAAAUUGGAUAUAUUUGCUAUAUGAUUAAUUGGUAUCAAUUAUCGCCAAAAUCAGCUCGCAGUCUUAUCUUGAUAAUUGCUAUGGCAAGCCAUCCCAUAAAAAUCAGUGCUGGUAGAAUGGUAGAUUUAUCAUUAUCAACUUUUGGAAAUGUAUUAAAGACUAGCGUGGCAUAUCUGAGCUUCCUGCGAACGUUAGUGAUGUAA